ACAGGAAUAGUUAUCUGCUUAGUCUCAUCCUUCAUAUUUGGCAAUCUGAGUAAAAGGUCCGAGCCAGCAUGAAGACGGAAUCUCUUCUUCACUAGAGAAAAACUUUCUGCCUGACGCAGUCCGUUUCAAGAAGUGCACGAUGACAGAACGUGGAAUUAAAUGGGCUUGUGAGUAUUGUACCUACGAAAAUUGGCCAUCUGCAAUCAAAUGUACCAUGUGCCGUGCUCAGCGACCUAGUGGAACAAUUAUCACAGAAGAUCCAUUUAAAAGUGGUUCAAGUGAUAUUGGUAGAGACUGGGAUCCUACGAGCACCGAAGGAGGGAGCAGUCCUUUGAUAUGUCCAGAUUCUAGCGCAAGACCAAGGGUUAAAUCAUCUUACAGCAUGGAAAGUGCAAAUAAAUGGUCAUGCCACAUGUGCACGUACUUGAACUGGCCGAGAGCGAUACGAUGCACUCAGUGCUUGUCCCAGCGCAGGACCAGGAGUCCCACGGAGUCUCCUCAGUCGUCAGGAUCUGGUUCCAGAGCAGUUCCUUUUUCUGUUGAUCCCUGUGAGGAAUACAAUGACAGGAAUAAACUGAACACACGGGCUCAGCAUUGGACUUGUUCUGUUUGUACAUACGAAAACUGGGCGAAGGCCAGAAAAUGCGUUGUGUGCGACCAUCCCAGACCCAACAACAUAGAAGCAAUAGAACUGGCGGACACGGAAGAGGCUUCUUCCAUCAUAAACGAGCAAGACAGGGCUCGAUGGCGAGGAAGCUGUAGUAGUGGUAAUAGCCAAAGAAGAUCUCCACCUACAACCAAACGUGAAUCUGAUGUAAAAAUGGAUUUCCAAAGAAUUGAGUUGGCCGGAGCCGUUGGCAGCAAGGAAGAACUUGAAGUUGACUUCAAAAAACUAAAGCAAAUAAAAAAUAGAAUGAAAAAGACUGACUGGCUGUUUUUAAAUGCUUGUGUUGGGGUUGUGGAAGGUGACCUGGGUGCCGUCGAGGCCUACAAGUCGUCGGGGGGAGACAUCGCGCGGCAGCUCUCGGCGGACGAGGUCCGCCUGCUGAAUCGCCCGUCCGCGUUCGACGUGGGCUACACGCUGGUCCACCUGGCCAUCCGCUUCCAGAGGCAGGACAUGCUGGCCAUUCUGCUCACUGAGGUAUCGCAGCACGCGGCCAAGUGCAUCCCUGCCAUGGUGUGUCCAGAGGUCACGGAACAGAUUCGUCGCGAAAUCGCCGCGUCCCUUCACCAACGCAAGGGAGACUUUGCCUGCUAUUUUCUAACUGACCUUGUAACGUUUACGUUGCCUGCAGACAUUGAAGACUUGCCACCCACAGUCCAAGAAAAGUUAUUUGAUGAAGUACUUGACAGAGAUGUUCAGAAAGAGCUAGAAGAGGAGUCUCCCACCAUCAACUGGUCCCUGCAGGUGGGCAGCUCCAGGCCACCUGGGGCAUCUACGACAAGGACUCGGUGCUGCGCAAGGCUCUGCACGACAGUUUACACGACUGCUCGCAUUGUCUCAUUGCGAGAGGAGCAGUGGCAGGAAGACUGGGCAUUCAUACUCUCUCUUGCGAGCCAGCCUGGAGCAAGUUUGGAGCAGACACACAUUUUUGUACUUGCACAUAUUCUUAGAAGACCAAUUAUAGUUUAUGGAGUAAAAUAUUAUAAGAGUUUCCGAGGAGAAACGUUAGGAUAUACCCGUUUUCAAGGUGUAUAUUUGCCUUUGUUAUGGGAACAGAGUUUUUGUUGGAAAAGUCCCAUUGCUCUGGGCUACACGAGGGGCCAUUUCUCCGCGCUGGUUGCCAUGGAGAACGAUGGUUACGGCAACCGAGGAGCCGGUGCUAACUUGAACACUGACGACGACGUUACUGUCACUUUUUUACCCUUGGUUGACAGCGAGAGGAAAUUAUUGCACAUUCACUUCCUUUCUGCUCAAGAGAUAGGUAACGAAGAGCAGCAGGAAAAGCUGCUCCGGGAAUGGCUGGACUGCUGCGUGACGGAGGGGGGCGUCCUCGUGGCCAUGCAGAAGAGCUCCCGGCGCCGCAACCACCCCCUGGUCACCCAGAUGGUGGAGAAGUGGCUCGACCGCUACCGCCAGAUCCGCCCGUGCACGUCCCUGUCCGACGGCGAGGAAGACGAGGAUGACGACGACGAGUGA